CCCUGACAUCCAAGAAGAUCCCGAUGGCAGAGAAUCCGCAACAUGCUCUCAACAGUAUGCUCGCCACCGCAGAGUCCCUUUCGAAACGGGGGCUUGAUGUUAACGAAACCUUCGUUUUGCACCUCUUCUUGGAUGCCCUCUCCAACGAGUACGCUAUGACCAAGCACGCCCUCAGACACAAGGAGAGGUUGACAAGGAGUGACGUCCUGAAGGAGGUCACCAUCGAAUAUCGAUCGAUCAUGGAGAAGGUGAAGGCGGGGAAAGGCAAGGGCGCGCGCGGCGCCGAGCAGGCCUACCUCGCCGAUGGAGGCGGCCGCCGUGGGCGGUCGUCGUGGCGUGGGGGCGGCCGCCGAGGGCGGUCGUCCUGGCGUGGUCGUGGCGGUGGCCGCAGCGGCGGCCGCGGGGGCGGCGACAGCAGCGGAAAAGGCUGUGGCGGCGUCGAGGAGAGCAAGGGGAGUGGCUCUGGAGGGGGAGGUGGCGGCGGUACCGGGGACAAGAAGUUCCCGGGCCGGUGCUUCACGUGUGGCCGUUUCGGACACACGCAGCAGGACUGCACCACCAAGGAGAGCGACUACCUCCCGCAGUGCUCACACUGCGCAGGAUGGGGUCACAGCAAGGACACGUGCGCGACGGAGGAGGCCGUCCUGGCGCAGAUCGUCCAUGCCGACAGCGACGCCGACUCCGUCGACAACCAGGCCUUCUGCGCGGCGCCGGGCCUGCCAGGCGAGUGUGGUGCUGUUGACCUAGGUCUAGUGGGGGUAACGGAACUAGGCCAGGAUGUCAUGGUGUACGUGGCUGAUACAGCAGCCACGUGCUCCAUGUUCCGAUGCGCAAACGCGUUCGUGAACUACCGCGAGUGUAGUAGUUGGGUCAAGGGGAUUGGAGGCAACAAGGCCUCCGUUCCUCUCCUAGGGUACGUAGACGUGACCGUUGUCUUUCUGACCGAAGGCGGUAAGGCACCAGUGUUAAUCCUGAACGCCGCUCAUGUGCCCGAGUCCCCCCACAACCUUCUCUCACUGUCGGCGUUGGCCGAGGAAGGCCACACGUAUUCCGGCCAGAAGGGGGGGCUGACUCUCACUACGAGAGCCGGGGGGCAGGUGUGGUUCCCCCGGACGGGUAAGCUGCUAACUCAAGAAGGCUAUCAAAUCGAGCCGAAGGUAGACAUCGCCUGUGCCGUAAUAAUUGUUCCUGGCGAUGCGAAAGCAGCCACCCCCACUGACCUCAACUACUACCACAAUUCGCACGGCCACACGCACGAGGAACUGCUCCAGAAAACGGCGAAACAGCAAGGAGUGCAGCUGACGGGAGGACCGCUGCUACCAUGCCUCGGCUGUUCGAUGUCCAAGGGGCAGCUGCUGCCUCUCGCAGACGACGAGGAGGGCGGGGAGGACGAGAGCAAGCAGAGCACGUCCCGUCAAGGUGCGGGGGGGGGGAAAGACUCGGAGAGUGAGUCUGAUUCCGACCUCGACGUGACGGAGGCUGGGCGAGCGACGCUGCCGGUGCAAGAGAAGGCGCCAGCGGCACCCGGCAACGGGACCGGGGACGCUGAUUCGAGCGUCCCCCUGUCGCCUCUUUCGGCAGGGGGCGACUUCGAUGCAAGCAGCAGCGGCAGCAGCGGCAGCAGCGGCAGCAGCACCAGCAGCACCAUCAGCAGCAGCAGCAGCAGCAAGAGCGACAGCAGCAGCAGCAACGCCGCCGGCGACGACGACGGCGGCGGCGCCAGCGGCAGUGAGCCCGGCGCCUCUGGAGAUGGCGGUGGCGGCGGCAGCGAACCCGGCGAAGACUCCGAGCAACUCGAGGAGUACAAGUUUGAUCCCGCCGACAGCCGCUACCCGCCGGGCCGCGAAGGGCGUCGGCUCCUCUGGGGCGCCUCGAAGGAAGGACCGCUGCGCCACGGGCUCGAGCGCGGCCGCACACGAAGGGAGACCCGGAAGCUGCAAGACCCCGAGCAGCCGCCGGGUCCAGACGCCGAGCCAGACGCCGAGCAAGCGCUGCUGGCGGAGAUCAUCCCGCCGGGUCCAGACGCCGAGCCAGACGCCGAGCAAGCGCUGCUGGCGGAGAUCAUCGUGGACUACGUUUCCAACUCGAUGGUGCGGCAGCGGUACGACGAGGAGCAGGUCAACAUCGAGUACCGGCGUGAGAUGCAUGAGCUGCCGUACGGCACCGAGCUGCAGGAGGAGGCGUUCGGUGCAGAGGCAGGGGACGACGGGUCAUCGCAACCUCUUCAUGACCCGCAGCUAAGUAUCCCCUCGCCCUUUGGCCAGAAGCCAAGUGAUGUAGAGUGCGUGCCCUUGACGUACAAGGAUGUCCUUAACUCCAAGUACAAGGUGCUGUGGGAAGCAGCCAUAGCAAAGGAGUUCGACGGCCACAAGAAGACGGGGACGUUUUCCGAGAUUAGCGGUCUGCCCGAGGGGCGUAAGGCCAUCAGUGCGAAGUGGAUUUUCUCGCACAAGACCAAUGAGAAGGGGCUGAUUGUCGACUUCAAAGCACGUAUGGUUGCGCGUGGUUUUUCUCAGAUUCCCGGUGUGGAUUUUCACCACUCAUCAUCCUCAUGCCCUUCCGCGGUGUCCAUCAAAAGUAUGGUGGCCGUAUCCACCGAGAAUGGUAGGAGGCCUGUCCACUGGGACAUCAAGCAGGCGUACACACACGCCAAGCUGAAGGAAGAAAUCUACCUGAGGCUUCCAGACGGUUGUGGUGUUUGGACUGGCAAGGCGGUGAAAGUCGAGCGUGCUCUGUAUGGACUCAAGCAGAGUGGGCGCGAGUGGGGGUUUGAGGCUGCCGAUGCCCUGAUCUCAAACGGCUACGAGCAGUGCAGGGUGGACCCCUGCAUUUUCCGCAAGGUGGUUGACGGAAAAGUCGUUGGUCUCAUCGUGAUCUACGUGGAUGACAUCAUGUUGUCCGCGACCGAGGAGGAGCGUGAAGAGUUGCUAGCGUCUCUCCAGGAGAGAUUUUCUGUGAAGGAUCUAGGAGAUUGUACCUGGUACGAUGGGUGUGCCAUUGAGGUGGACCUUGAGAAUGGUACCACCAAGCUGUCCCAGACGGCUUAUAUCGAGAGCAUGCUCAACCGCUUCAAUGUCACGACCACUGCUCCCACGCCCGCUGUCGUCGACGAUGACCUAGGGCCGAAGAGAGACGACGAGUCCUCGGUGGACAAGCCCGUGAGGGAAGCGAUCGGAUGCCUGAUGUGGUUGCUGUUCACGAGGCCGGACAUCGCGCUGCCUUUGAACAAGCUGCAGAAGAUCGCCCACUCACCCACCGAGAGGAUGUGGAACGCGCUUGUGCGGAUCAUGUCCUACCUCAACGAGACGAAGGACCUCGGGAUCACCUACGUCCGCGGAUCAGG